GACAUGUGAAACUGACAGAUUUUGGCUUAUGCAAAGAGUCAAUUGAAGGCGACCAGAAGACACACACAUUUUGUGGUACCAUCGAAUACAUGGCACCGGAGAUAUUGAUGAGGGUUGGACACAACAAAGCCGUUGACUGGUGGAGUCUUGGCGCUCUAACAUUUGACAUGCUCACUGGUGGGCCGCCGUUCACUGGCGAAAAUAGAAAGAAGACGAUCGACAAAAUUCUGAAAGGCCGCCUUACGCUACCAUCAUUUUUAAGCGUAGAAGCACGUGACUUGAUAAAAAAGCUUCUGAAGAGGCAUGUUGAAACAAGACUUGGCGCUGGACCGGAAGAUGCCAAUGAAAUCAAGCAGCACGCAUUCUUCCGCUCAUUCAAUUGGAAUAUGGUCUUUGCGCGACAGCUACCUGUGACUAGAUAGAU